UUAAUAAUAAUGUUGCUCUGUUUGGUAGUAAAAAAUCAAUAAUUAAAAUUUGCUUUUAUUGAUCAACAAAGUGACACCUUGAUCGAACUUAGAAAACAAAGUACAGCAAACAAUCAAAUAAAAUGUUAGUUUACUUCAUAAACUAUUAAUAAAGCAAAAAAAAUCGAGUUAGAAAUAGGUCAGAACAAGAAUGGUCAAGAAGAGUCAUUUGCGCCUCUGUUAUCUUGACCACAUUAAUAGUUGAAGACAUUCACAGUUGGUCUGUUCAUAACUAACAGUGUUUGGUUGACAUUAAUUUUACAAAACAUUGGCUCCAGUCUGCUGACAAGCUGUACUUGUCAAAAUUGAGUGUUAAACAUGUUAAUAAAGUUAAUUUAAAUUGUCAUUUCGAUGUCUUGCUUCUGUCUCAGUGCAACUCUUUCAUUGGCUGGUAUCUGUUUUACCGUUGCUGGAACGGUUGUCAUCUAUUUCCAAGCUUCACAAGAUUCACAAUUAGCUGACUUUUGGCUUCUGUUGGUCAUUUUACUCGGCAUUGGAUCUGGUUUGACUCUUUUUGGUACCAUUUGUGGUACACUUACAUAUUGUUGUAAUAAAUCCCGUAAUGAUAAUAACAAAGUUGAAUCGUCUGCAACCAAACGUGCCUGGUCAUCGGAUGAUCCUUAAAAGUAGCCAUUAAACCAACCUCAGCAGAUCGCCAUCAAUUGUGCAAGUUGUAAGCUUUAAUCUAAAGGUAAAUUCAUGAAAGUCAAGUAUUUGAAUGACAAUGAAAUGGUUUUGCUGUUGAUUCAAUCAAACACUGAGAAGUCUGUUAAUUCAAGUUCAAGCUAUUAGAGGAAAAAGACAUUAAUCUUUGAAUUUAUUGAAUCAGCUAAAUAAAUGGAAAUGAUUAAACAUUGUGUCUUGUUGAACAGUCUUAAGAUGUCACCAUUGAGCUGAAUCUGAAACCAGAAUCGAUUAGUUUCAUUCUGACAUGGACAGUGUUGCUACUGCAAACCUUUGCUCAUAACAAACCUUUUGUAUUCAGUUUCAUUCUGAACUUUAUCCUAAUGUGGCUACAUAUCUGGACUAUAAAAGAUACUCAAGACAAAAGUUAACAAGUUAACCAACAAUUUGACAAGUCAUUUUUUAUACAAAAAACAUUGACAAUCGGGUCAUUUGACAAUUUGUGAUCUUUCAAUCAUGUUUAAAUGUUUACAAAAAUUAAACUUUAUAUGUAACAAAUAUCAUUAACUGUUAUUGAAAGUAUUUUCAGUCAAUCUUUUGAACAAAAUUGUCUAUCCAAUCCUCAUGUUUAUCUGUUUGUGAUAUAAAUCAAUGUGAAGAUCAAAUUUGCGAACAAAAUCAUCAAAAAGCCUGCUAAAUCUAUCAAAAACAAUGAGUUUAUCAACAAUUUUAUUUACAAUUGUUUCCUUUUUUACCCUUUACCAUUCAAUAGGAGCCAUUGAUUGUUUCAAAUGUGUCUCUUUCAAUGGAAGUAAUAAAAUGUGUGAAGAUCCAUUUCAUAACAAUUAUUCAACUGAAAUCCUGGAAUCACCAUGUUAUGCUGGAAGGAAAAGUCGUAAUGGAGUGUUUCCAGCUACAGCUUGUAUUAAAUUAAGCGGUGUAUUUGAUUCUGGUGUUUCCAUGGUUGUCAGGGAUUGUGCAUUGGACAGUGGAUCGUUAACCACCGAUACUGAAUUGGUUCGGAUGUCACAUUGUGGUGCAUUUUAUUUUGAUCACAGAUAUGUUAGUGGUUGUGUUCAAAGUUGCUUCGAGGAUGCUUGUAACACUUCAUACACAAUUAACCUUCCUCUAAUCACUUUUGUUGCAUUAAUUAUGCACAAUCUAAUAUUUUCAAAGCUUUUUCUUACAACUUUCAUCAACUAAAUGUAAAAAUAAAUUCAUGUUGAAACAA